GACUUGCAGGGUUGUGUAGAGAACUGAAGGCAAAGAUGAAGAGCUUCUUGCUCAGAAUUGUGCUCUGUGGAGCUCUUUCCUGUGCUUUACCAAUCGUCCCGAAAACUGACCAGAUUACAGAAGGGGAGAUUCAGCUUGCUGAGAAAUAUCUCCGUAGCUACUACCCUGAACCUGAAGGAACCCCUGUCUUAAGAAGCAGAGGCAACAAAAUAAACAUGGCUGACAAAAUCCGACAAAUGCAGGAAUUCUUUGGGCUGAGAGUGACAGGCCAGCUGGAUUCACACACCCUGGAUGUAAUGAAGAAGCCUCGCUGUGGGGUUCCUGAUAUAGGAGAACUUCGCAGUGCUCAUGCCCGUAACAGAUGGCCACAGAAAGACCUAAAGUACAGCAUUCAGAACUACACACCAGAUAUGGAUCCUGCUGAUGUAGAGGAUGCUAUUGAGAGAGCUUGGAAAGUGUGGAGCGAUGUGACCCCCUUGACCUUCACUAAAACAUCUGCAGAUUCUGCAGACAUAUUGAUCUCUUUUGUGGCAGGAUACCAUAGAAGCAAUCCCUAUGACCGUGGCUUUGAUGGAUAUGGAGGAGAACUGGCUCAUGCUUUUUAUCCUGCAUAUGGUGGGGAUGCCCAUUUUGAUGAGGAUGAAUUCUGGACAAGGGAUUUGAAAGGAACAAAUCUUUUUUUGGUUGCUGCUCAUGAGUUUGGGCACUCCCUGGGUCUUGGACAUUCUGGUAUUUGGGGGACUCUGAUGUUCUCAACAUACGUGCCUUCAGACCCCCAAAACUUCAGGCUUCAUGAGGAGGAUAUUUAUCGCAUUCAACAGCUUUAUGGACCCCCUGAAGAUGAUAACAACAUUUAUAUUUAUGAUGACUCGCUAGAAUCCCCCCAAUUCCCCACAAACUCUCCAUCAGAAGAACUACCACCAGAUAUGUGCGACCCUCACCUCUCUUUUGAUGCUGUCUCCACUCUCCGAGGAGAAACUCUCUUCUUUAAAGACAGCUUCAUGUGGCGGACGAAUCCUCAAAGAAGGAACAUUGAAAAAGGUCCUAUUUCUGAUUUCUGGCCAGCCUUGAAAGGUGGCAUUGAAGCUGCUUAUGAACUUGAAGAUAAAGACACCUUAUUUCUUUUUAAAGGUCAGAGGUACUGGGCUACUCAGGCAAAUAUUAUACAGCCAGGUUAUCCGAAGAACAUCCAUGCCUUGGGCUUCCCCAAAAGUGUUAAGAAAAUCGAUGCCGCUCUUUUUGACAAAAAUACCAAGAGAACAUUAUUCUUUUCAGGAGACAAGUACUGGAGUUAUGAUGAAACAAAGAUGUCUAUGGAGAAUGGCUAUCCAAGAAAGAUCAGUUUAGACUUCCCUGGAAUUACCUCUACAGUGGAUGCAGCUUUUCAACAUAAUGGACACUUCUAUUUAUUCAGCGGCUCCAAGCAAUAUGUGUUUGAGAGCAGGCAGAAAAGAUUGACUGGCAUAAAGAAAAGCAGUUCCUGGUUUGGCUGCAAGUGACAUGGGAAGAAAGAACACGGGAAUCUCUGCUUCCUGGGAAGGAUGCUUUGAUCCUCUUUC